AUGGACAUCCCCAUCAGCAGCAGAGAUUUCCACUGCCUGCAGCUGGCCUGUGUGGCUCUCGGGCUGGUGGCUGGCAGCGUCAUCAUCGGCAUCUCCGUAUCCAAGGCUGCAGCUGCCAUGGGCGGUGUCUUUAUCGGCGCUGCUGUUCUGGGAAGCCUAAGAAUCCAUCCCCAUCCAGGGCCAGACCAUGGAGAAGGAAGAUCCAGCACCAAUGGCAACAAGGAAGGAGCCCGCAGCAGCCUGUCUACCGUGAGCAGGACCCUGGAGAAGCUGAAGCCAGGGACCCGGGGGGCUGAGGAAUGCUGAGGCAAAGUCUGAGGGGCUGCCCCUUCCCUGCCCUCCCGUCCUGCCUGCUGCCCCAUCUCAGUGCCCUCCUGGGUUAGAAAACCCGAACCAGAGACACGCCAGGCCCUGCAGACCCCAGAGCAGCUGGGAACAGCGUCUGGAAUGGAGCCUUUUGCACUCGCCUGGCCAAGGCUCUCAAAAAUGGAUUCCACUGGUGUGGGCUGGGGCCUGGAGCAAGGUGUUGCUGGAUGCCCCCACAGGGUUCCUGUGUUUCAGGCUCCUGCCCUGACCUUUCUUUCUGGACUACAGCUCAGCUUUGUUGCCUGUUCGAUCUACUGAUUGGUUUCUCUGGAAUUUGGGGUCCAAGGCCCUGACUAUGACCAGGAUGCCCCAGUCCCUUGCUCUAACCUGGCUUCAGAAGUGAACCACAGGCCCACAAGAACCACAGACAAGGACCCUCCACCCCCACGGUCUAGCCCAGGAGCUCUAGAGCUCACUAGCCCAAUAGAGAGGCUAGACAAGAUUCUUUUUCAAAUAUCAAAUCUCCUGGCAGUUCCUCAGGGACAGGCUCUGAGCAGCAGCAAAUCAGAUGGGGGAUUCUGGGGGGCUCACAAAGGGACAGGUACAAACAACCUUGCCUGGGGGUCAGAGGAGGCGACUUCUCAGCUGAGCCCGGCCCUGUGACCCCUGGUGUCUAACUCCACCACUCAAGACUUUUUGUGAUCUGACUUCUCUCUUCCCCCGAUCUUCUCACUGCUCCCUGAAGAAGCGAAACAUAUUCCUGUCUCCAAGCUUUGCCCUGUGUUCUCCAGGGCCCUCCCUGCUUCUCUCUGCCUAUCAGACUCCCCACUUUUAAAGGCCCCAUUCAAAAAAUCUCCUACCCACGUGCUCUCAUUCUCUUCUGCCAAUCUCUGUCUUGCUGCCACCUUUCAGGCAGGGCUGAAGUCUUCCUUUUCACAAAACAACUAUUAAGCCAACUUAAGUCUACUGAACAUUGCCCCUGCUCUAGUGCCUAGCACCAGACCAGUAGGUGCUUAAUAAAUGCCAACGGCUUCAAUUUAAUGUAAAAACAAUUCCCUAGGCUUUCCCCGGGAAGCCACUUCAAAGUCCCAUCUACCAUGGGUAGAGCAAGUGUGGAGCAAGGAGGCCCAGGUGUGGCCUCACAGAAAACCCUGCUCCUCCCUCCACACCUGCACCCUCCAGGCAGAGUUGUGUGACCUCCACAGAGACGCCCUGUCCAUAUGGCCUCUGGCCUGCUUUAGUGAGCAGAAGACAAGCUAGAAAUAGUGUCCUUCUCCCAGGAUCAGUGGAGGUGGCACUUCCUCUUAGACGCCUCCCCUGACUUUACUGUGCUUCCCAGCCCCAGGGUUUCCCUCCUUCACAGCCCAAUCACUCUGAGUGGCCUUUGUCUGUUUCCCCUCCUGAGAGUGGGAGCAGAGGGCCAGGCACCCAGAAGACACCCCAGUGGAUGUGGGAAAACCGAAGUUUUCUGAAGCAGCAGAGUCCAUCUCAGAUGGGAAAGCUGAGGCCCCACUGGAAAAAGGACUCAUCGAGUCCCAUGGUGAAAGGUCACGGGGCCAGGCCUGCAGCCAGGUCUGUCUAUCCCUGUCCAAGGCUCUAUCUUCUGCUGUCCUCUGCACGGGCGGCAGGGAUCAGCUCUCUGACCACAGUGUGACAGACCUCCACGAAGGGGCUGCCUUCCACAAAUGCUGGCCAGGUGUAGAGACUUCGGUUCCUUCAGCUGAGAGAAGCAACUUUCUCUCCUUGAAUUUCUCUCCUCUCCACCCAAUUGCUGCCUAUUCCCUGCCCCUUCUCUUUUCCUUCAUUAUCCUCAACAAUAGCUCAGGCUGCUGGUCCCUACUCAAUCAAUGAGGAGGUGACCCUUCCUCCUAUCCAUCUUUUCGAUCCUCACCUCAGUGCCCUAGAGAUGCCCCAGGGUGGAGGGGAUGGGAGUGGGGGAUGUGGAGCCUGAGCUGUGGAGAGGGUGGUUCCCUACCCCCUGCCCAUCAACCCCUCUCAGCCAAGCUCUCCCCAGGAUGGGGCUACGGAAUCCCCAGUGCCUGGCGGGGCCAGGCACAGACAUGCUGGGGGCCAGGUGCAGUAAAUCAAGGAAUGAAA